CACUGAAGUUCUGAACAAACACGAGGAGUGGGUUCGCGUGGACAGUGGUGUGGCAACAUUGGGCAUCAGUAAUUUUUCCCAGGAGGCACUGGGGGACGUGGUCUACUGUGGGCUCCCUGAAGUUGGGACAAAGUUAUCACAGUCUGAUGAAUUUGGUGCUCUGGAGAGUGUUAAAGCAGCGAGUGAGUUGUACUCUCCUCUGACGGGGGAGGUGACAGAUGUCAAUGACGCCUUGGCAGACAACCCAGGACUGGUCAACAAAUCUUGCUAUAAAGACGGUGAGACUUUACUUCAAACUCAUUUGGACUCAAACUGGAAUGGAUUUUUCAGCUUAAAGGAAUAGUUCACUCAAAAAUGACGAUGAACCCACCCUCAAGCCAUCCAAGAUUUAGACGAGUUCUUCAUCGGAACAGAUUUGGAG